CUGCCCGGCAGGCGCCGCUUUUGAAAAAUGUGCUGAGGGGAAGGGGCUGCUUCCCCUAGCUACGCUCCUGCCUGCAGCCCGCUAUAUCCACUGCCACUAGCGUGCUGGGGCCUGUAACAGACAGGAAGGGGACAAAGGCACCCCACCCCCCCCUUACAACCCAGGGCAGACUGGCGGGAGGGCGUAGUUCAUAGUUUACAAGAUCUUUCACAGGCAUGAACGUUAAGCUGAGUUCACUACAUUGAAAAAGGAGGUCGGGGGAGUUAUGUAGGAAACUUUUCAUUACUAGGGUGGUUGAAGGUGUGACAGUUUGGGGGCAGGUCUGUGUUAGCUUAGGAUUCCAUGUUGGGUUUGGGAACAUUUCCACCUCCCUCCUGAAUGUAACUUUGAGCAUUUGUUGUUGUAGCAGGUACUUGACACCAACACCCUGGUCUGCAUCUAAAACAGAGGUUGAUCUAGUGAUUUCACUUAUGGGAUAUGGAUACUCCUGAUUCUGGGGGCAUAACCCCUUUAGGAAGAAAAACUGCAGAGACUGGAAUCAACUUUACAAGUACUACACGUUUCUCAAGAGGUUUGACAUUCAUCAGGACACACACCCUGUUUGGUCAGAGCCCAACUAGGAGAAUAAUUCCACAAACAUCUUUACUACAGGAAAAUGCAGAUCCUCAGAAGAUAGCAUUCCUUCUACGCAAACAAUGGACCUUAUAUAGUGUGACCCCCAUGUACAAAUUCUCUUAUGGCAAUCUGAAGGAGUAUUCUAGACUUCUGAGUGCCUUUGUUGCUGCUGAAAAGCAGAAAGGACUUGCUGUAGAAGUGGGCAAUGAUCUUGGCAUCAAAGUGACUUUGUCUACCCUUUUAGGACUGAAAGGUACGGAUCAAGACCAGGUUGCAAUCCUUGUCCAGAUUGCAUCAAGAUCUCAGCUCCCAUUUGAAAAUGCAGAAAACAAAGUGGUGUGGUCAGGCUGGUUCUGCUGUAUAUCUGGAGAUGAUCUUUUGGAGAGCGUACCAGAGGAUUUUACCUGUUUAUCUUUGUUCCUUGCAAAUGGGGCAGAGAGUUACACAGCCAUAGUUGGCAGUUGGUUUCAGAAGACCUUUGACUGUUAUUUCAGUCGUUUAACCAUCAGCCCACUCAAUCUUGCCUGGAUGGCUGCUAUGUGGACUGGGUGCAAAGUGGAUAGUCAUAUGGCUGCAACAGAACUUGUUUUCUCUGUGCCCUGCAUUCCCCAGUCUCUGGACAUUUCAUAUGCCAUACACCCUGAGGAUGCAAAAGCCUUAUGGGACACAGUGCAAAAAACUCCUGGGGAGGUUACUCAAGAAGAAGUGAAUUUAUUUAUGGACUGCCUUUACUCUCACUUCCAUAGACACUUUAAGAUCCACUUGUCAGCCACAAGACUGGUGAAAGUCUCUACAUCUAUAGCUUCAGCACACUGUGAUGGGAAUAUAAAGAUCUUACAUAGCAAGCACCUAAUAGGAGUGUUGACGCUGCUGACAGAGCUGGCAAUCUCACAGAUACAAUGAAACCUUGUACACUAUACCUGCUGUCCUAAAAAACUUAUUACAGAUGCUCUGCUUGGAUCACAUUAAGUCCAUCUGCAGUAGAUUUAUGUUUGAGAGACAUUGACUGCAGAAAGCUGGCUUUCCUGCAGAUUUUUUUAGCCUCACAAAACUCCAGUCCAUGAAGUGAAAGCAUAUUAGUUCCAUUUGACCUCAUUUGUUCCUGGACUGACAUCCACAAUGGGUAAUGAAGCAAAGAGGGCCAUAGGAGGAAAAUAUAGAUGCACAUUUUGCUAUAAUAAAA